UGCCUGUUGCUUUUCAGGUGGCAUUGAGAAAUUACUUAUGAUGGAUAUAUCAUGCGACAUGGUAAAAUUGUGUAAAGAUUCUGAGCAGCAAAUGCCAAAUGAUAACAUUGAAACAUCAUACAUUAUUGGUGAUGAAGAAUAUCUGCCCAUGAAAGAAAAUUCCGUUGAUCUGGUCAUUAGUUGCUUGGGACUCCAUUGGACAAAUGAUCUUCCUGGGGCAAUGAUUCAGAGCAGAUUGGCUUUAAAGCCAGAUGGCCUAUUUUUGGCGGCCAUUCUUGGCGGAGAAACAUUGAGGGAGCUGCGGAUAGCUUGCACUAUUGCUCAAAUGGAGUGUGAGGGAGGCAUCAGUCCACGACUAUCACCCUUGGCACAAGUGCGUGAUGCUGGCAAUCUAUUGACUAGGGCAGGCUUUACUCUUCCAGGGGUUGAUGUUGAUGAGUAUACAGUUCUAUACAACAGUGCUUUGGAGUUGAUAGAACAUCUCCGUGCUAUGGGAGAAACUAGUGCUCUACUGCAAAGGAGCAUGGUAUUGAAAAAGGAUACGGCCCUAGCAACAGCAGCUAUUUAUGAGUCAAUGUUUGCAGCCGAAGAUGGCACAAUUCCAGCAACAUUUCAGAUAAUAUACAUGACUGGAUGGAGGGAACACCAUUCUCAACAGAAAGCAAAGAAGAGGGGCUCAGCCACAGUCUCAUUCCAGGAUAUCCAUAAGCAAUUUAGCAGUUAGGAUAUGAAAGAAUGGGGACUCCUGUAACUUAGAUACUCUCUUUCACACCUAAUUGUUUUAUAAGCAUAUUUCAUUACUCAUGCAUCAUAAUCAUGCAAAAUAAUAGGUAAUAAUCGCAACUUCCAGUAGAACUGUCUCUAUACUUGAACUUUUGUUGUCUUUGGGAAAACCAUUAGUGUACGUCUGUAUUACGACGAGCUGUUGUUCAAUAAUCUAAUCUGCUUGUUCAUUUAUUUGACGUUUGAUCAAA